CGGGGCUGUCCUGCCCUUCCCUCUUCCUACCCUCCCAUUCCCACAUGAAACCAGAUUUAAUGCAAACAAGCUGGCCUGGCUCAGAGCUGCCCAGGACGCUGCCGAGAGCAGAGCAGAGCAGAGCAGAACGGAGUCCCUCCAGGCGCCAGGCGCCCCAACUCGGAGAGAAACUUCCCGAGAGGACCCAGCCGCCUUCCCACCUCCUCUUCCCCGGAAAUCUGUGUGGUCCUUUGAGCCUUGCCAUGGCAGCCAUGCAAGAUCUCUGCCUGCUUCUUCUCUUGAUGUCUCCCUUUUGUGCCUCAAGAUCAAUUCAGAACCUGGUCCUGGAAGACAGCGAGGGGAGCGGAGACAGCGAGGGGGCUCCCCCCGACCCCACUUCUGCCAGGGCGACUCUGAGUGCGAGUCCCACCUCAGGGAGCCUUGUGGUCGAUUCGGUCAACGGAACUUUGCACUCGUUCAACAUCCUGGACGGCAUUGUGAACUUCUUCCAGACGUACAUGCUCCUGAUCGUGGUGUUGGGCUCCCUUCUCCUCAUCAUCCUUUCCAUCGUGUGUGCGGCUGUCAUCACCCAGCAGAAACACAAGGCCUCCGCCUAUUACCCGUCAUCUUUUCCAAAAAAGAAGUACGUGGAUCAGAACGACAAGGCAGGGGGGGCCAAGGCCUUCAGCGAAGUUCCCGAGAAGCUGUCAGAUGACAGGCAAGAGGAGCCGGUGGAUUCCACCAAACAGUUGCAGGCUGACAUCUUAGCUGCUGCCCAGAACCUCAAGUCUCCAACCAAGGUCGUCAUGGCGAAUGGGAAAAGUGGCCCCGUGGAAGAUCCACCGGUGGAAAGGAAAGAGGAAGGGCCCCAAAAAACAGAAGACGUGGAGGAAGGCAGCUCCAAAGAAGAAGAAGAAGAAGAAGAAGAAGGAGAGGAAAAAUCACCAACUGAGACUGAGCUGCCUCCAGAGACAUCAGCUACAAACAAUUUGGCGGAUGCUGAGACCAAAGAAGAAGAGAUCCCAUCUGUGGUGGAGACCCAUCCAUCUCCACUUGAGGAGUCCAAGGAAGCCCCACCCACCGAGAAACCUGCCAUGUCUGCCUCAGAAGGUGAGAAGGAGCAGAAGGAAGAGCUCAGCGCUCCACUGACUCUUGACCCUACAGAAGAAUCCAAAAACUGAAUGGGGCCAGUUCCCAUCACUGGGGGGACAGCUUAUAAUAUGAAAUCUGCAGGGAUCUGUUUAUCAAACAGAGGGCAGCAGAACUUUACCUUACCUGUAAAGAAGACAAGUUAGCCACCUCCCAAGAAACACCUGAAAGUUCUACAUUAUUGUGAUUUUUCUUUAAUGGACUUCCUUCAGUUAUGCAGAGUUGCCCAAGCCUUGUGCCCUCCAGGUGCAAGUCAUGGACCAUGACUUCCAUCAUCCCCUGCCAACCUACCCAGGGAGGUGAUGAGAGUCACUUAACCCAUCUGGGGGGAGAGGGAAGCUGAGUGACUGCAAUGUCAUAAUGUAGCUACUCAACCAGAUAUCCUUGAGCAGGGAAGAAAUAACUUAUUUUAGAAGACCUGUUGAAGACACAUAGACUUCAACGUGGUUCCAGGAUUCUUCUGGAAGAACCAUCCUAGUAUCGUCCUCCAGGACUUUCCCACUUUCAGGGAGAACAUAUCUGCACAUACGUACAUACAUAAUUUUUGAGGUGGGCCCUUUGGGUGAGCAUCUAACUCUAUUUAUAUCACUCCUUAAUUCUGGACCAAGAUUGUGUGCAGAGAUGAUUGGCCAACCUUUCUAUCAAUCAUGAAGUCAUCCAGACCUUUCUUCCCCCCCUCCACUGCUGAUGAGAUCGUCUUUGGGCAAACUUGAAGUUAUUUCAUACCUGUUCUUCUUUUAAAGCAAAUCUUGGCUCAACUCUGUUUAGUUGUCCCUUAUGUCAAUCAUUAAUUCAUUUACUUUUGCUCCUAUCAGCUCUGAAAGCUGAACUCAUGGCCGUAUAUAGUUUCAGAAUGGCCAACCUGAAUUCAGAUUUUUAAAUACAAUUUCCGGACAAGCAAUGACAACAAUAUACAAUGGAUCCACCACUCAGUCCAAGUUUGUUUGUUUUUUUUUAAAUCUGGUUUCUGAGAAUCCUUAACUUCAAGUUCUCCAGAUGCUUUAGGAGAUCUGAUUGCUCAAUCCAACCAACCUUGGGAAGAAUCUCAUGACAUUUCUGAUAAUUAUUCCUCUUAAAGGUCUACAAAUACUCAGACUUUUGUAUGGAGGGGAAGACACUGAGGACUUUCACGAGUGAAUGAAGCCCAACAAAGGUGGAGUUUUUAAUCUAUGUUCAAUCCCGAAGUUCUUCACUUGUCAAGAUUUGGUUAAUCUUCAGAGGCCUCAUAUUUUUCAGCAUUCACCAGUAGUGUGUUCCACUUACCUUCGCUACCGGUUCGGAGCUGUGAGCGCGCGCGCAUGCAUAAAACCUUCUGCACAUGCGCAGAGCGCCCGUGAUGACAUCUGGGCGGGUGGGCGGAGCCUCCUGCUGCCGCCACUACCGAUUCACCCAACCGGGGCAAACCAAUAGAAACCCACCACUGAUUCAAAUGUUUUCAGGGCUUUUUAAAACUCAGUUAUUAGGGAAGUGGAGGGAAGACUUUUGGUCAUUUUUUUUAAAAAAAAUGUUUUUAUACUUUGACGGGGGACAUUGGAUUUCAGAUUUCCAGGGCUAAUCUUUCUGGGCCAACUAGAGAAACGUUUCAGUAAGCCUUACAGCUGAAGCAAGUGAGAUUAACCUGGUUUGCGACAAGCCUUGAAGAAGCUGGGUGCCAGGAGAACAUAUUUGCAACAACAGAAAAAGCCCUCCUUGGUUUUUCCCAGCCUCUUUGCAAAGGUUCUGCUGAUAUUUAUGACUUUUCCUCCCACUGGGGUUCUCCCAGGGUGACCCUUGUAAUCCUAGUAAAAACAUCUAUAAAUUUAGCUGACCAAGACGUUUAUUGUAGUUUUGAGGACUUAUCUGGGGCAGGGUUUAGUAGGUUGACCGUCUCUGGCAGUCCCCACAGUCCUACACUCUCAAGGCCAUUUUUGAAAGAGAGACGCUAACGGGGCUGUAAAAGACAACAUCUGGAGCUUUGCAACCAGAUAAACCCCAACUGGGUUAGCAUGAAGAGGCUUUUGUGAACCUCUCAGCAUCUUUUUCUAGGGCUUCCUAAACCUUAAAAACGUGAGGAAGGACACAGUGUUGAUAAAAACACAAAAUAAACAUCUUUAGAGCCCUUCUUGACUUUCCAGAUGUUCCAACCCAGUCCAUGUCUGGCAAAAGUCCAGGCGUGGCAGAAACCAGAUGCCCAAAUACUUAGAAUUGUGUUUCUCAAGCGUUAAAGUGUUUGCACUUCAACUCCCAGAAUUCCCCAGGCAGCACAGUUUAAUUGGUUGAUAUGGCCAAGGAUUUCCAAAAAAUGGUCCAAAUUCAAUAAAAUGCCUUCACUGUAAUGUUCCUUUCCCUUGCCUGAACCCGCCCUAAGCCUACAAUGAGUCCAAAUGUAUUUUUCUCCGUUAUAGACGUAUGUUCCAUUAAAAAGAAACGAUAAAGCUUG